GUCGAUAUUCAACCCGAACGGACGUACGAAGCAGAACCUGGUUCGUACGCGCGCAAAAGGCAAAGCAGAAGAGGAUCGAAUUCUGGAGUGCCCCCCGGGGAAAGGUGUCCAACUUUCCCAAACAAACUGUGCCCAAUCGGUCGAGGCGCUGAAGGUUUAGCUACAAGUGAGUUUGAGUACUUAUUGCGCUCGGUGCUAUACACCUUGGCGGGGGAAACGCUAACAAAAAGACGGUUGGCAUAGUAACGUUCGGUCUUCGGAUGGGCGUAGCCCCUCUGUCCCAGAUAGUAGGCGAGUUCUGGGUGCUUGUGAAAACAUCAAAUAAUUCAUCCAGGACACUUUCAACGUGAGUAGGGGAGCCAAAGCCCCCGAAGCGGAAAGAUUUGUGGACUUGGUUUUUCGGAGUGCGCGAGUGAUAGAAUAGCGUGUGUGAUUUUGUGUGCUCCUCUACAGUGCUAUCUCGCUAGCAAAGUGAUCCUCGCGGUAGACCAAGUUUGUGGUUGGUACGGACUUUCAGUGCAUUGAAUUCCGUGCAUUCCGUUCCAUUCCCUGUGGGCGAGUGCUCUCGAAAGUACUGCCGAUUCAGAAGGAAAGUAGAACUACACAGCCCUUGGUGCCCUCCCAGUAGGCGACAACGAACCGGACCUCAUCGGUGUGUUUGGUCGUCGACUUCUGUUCUUCGUCCGUGCGCUCGUUCGCUCGUUCGUACGGCUGUUCCACGUUUCUCGCGGUCAUCGUGGACCACAACCACCACACUAUAACGAGAUGAGACCGAUCGUAGUUUGCGCGCUAGCCCUGCUGCUCGUCAGCCCGGCCCUAGCACGGCCCAACCUGGUGGAACCGAUCUAUCUGCGCCGGCGCAGCAACCCGCUGGAGAUCGUGGAGGAAAGCGUCGAGUCGGGCAGCGUGCAGCCGCACGACCCGUCGGCAACAACGCCGAGCAGCUCCGAGCAGUCGUCGACCGGCCGGACGGAAGCAGCGACCAGUGCAGCGACCACCGACGGCAGCACCACCAGCGCCAGCACGUCCACGCACCAACCAAGCUACGCGUUCAAGCGUCCCGAGCUGCUGAAGACAAAGCUAGGCACGUCCGGGUUCGUGGUGUCCACCAGCACGAAGGUGCUAACCGGUGGGGCGAGUGCCGCUUCCGGUGCGUCCCAAACGCGCCCCCGUCCGGCCCUGCUGACCGGAUCGGGCGAGGCGAAAGCGCACGAUCAGCUCACGCUUUUCGAUCGCUUCGGCGGCCAUGCCGGGGUGGCGGAACCGAUGACGGACGAGGAGUACCAGAACGAGCUGCACCGGGCGACGGAACGGCAGCCCCUGCGAACGACCACCCCGAGGGAAGGGCUUUCCACCUGGGUGCUGCUGUCCGGCAGUGAGUCGAGCGAAAUGAAGAGCGAAUCAACCAGCACGCCCCGGAAGCCGCAGGUAAUGACGACGACCACCACGACAACCACCACGAGCACGCCGAAGACAACGACGAAACGCUUCCAGCCGAGCACUCGGCGCGUCAUGCAAACGACCCCUGCCCGUCCGGCCCGGACGACCACAACGACCCCAAGCAGUGUCAAUUCGGAGGAAAAGAAGGAAAAGGCCAACAAACCGGGUCCGAAGCAGAAGAUCGUUUCGACCACCCUGAAGCCGGUGAUCGUGAAGAAGGUGAAGAAGCCGCCGACGACCACAACGACUACCAAAACGACGCCCAAGCCAACUACCACUACCUCCACCCCCACGACAACCACCGAGAUGGUCAUUACCGAGCAGAGUGCCUCAACGGUGGCCAACGAUCUGCUGGCGGCCGUCACCGACGACAGCUCGAUCGAAUCCUCCACCUUCCUGAUACUGGAACCGAAGGACGCACAGUUCGAUCUGCCCGAGGAUCGUUCGCCCUCGAAAACGGCCCCGGCCGCCGGCAGCAAACCGGCGAAGAAGCCAAGCCGCAAACCGGCCGCCAAAGCGCCGGGCAAGAAGAAGCCAGCGAACAAGAAAACGCGCAAACCGGAAGUGAAGGACGUGCUGCCGGGCGACAAGAAGCCGGGCAACAAGAACAAACCCGUCUCGACGCAGAUCAUCAACUAUCUGUCGCGCGAGGUCAUGCCGACGGUGGGCGUCGGGCUGGUCGGGCUGGUAAUGGCCGCCGGGUUGGCUUCGUACUUCCUGGGCAGCCCGCUCGGUGCGUUGCGCCGUUCGGACGACCGGAAGGAUGAUCUGUACUACUCGAACUACGAAGAGUACGCUGGGGCGGACGGGCAGAACGAGGAGGACGUGUUCGGGAAGCUGAUCGCGGGCAUGCCGGAUCGUUCGUACUACCGGAACAAUGCGCCGGUACGGCGCCGCACCCAGGUGCAGCCGGUACGGACCGGCCACCAGUACUACCACGUGCAGCCGUACGCGGCCAACAAGUAUCCGCACAUUACGUAUCGCAACCGGGCGUACGGUGGACCGGCGGCCGGUGGCCCCAGCGCUUCCGAGCCGAUGUACACGAACGUGAACCGGCCGGCGCAGGCCCAGGCGCAGGCAAAGUCGCAGAACGAGUUCUUCUACAACACGCCACCGACGCCGUACUACCCGAUGCGCACGGUUUCGGCCGAGGCGCCGACGCAUCAACCGGCCGCUCCAGUGUACAGCGCUGCGUCCGCGGCAUCCUCCCAACCAGCAACGACAAUCGCCACCACAACAACCACGGGAAGUCCUCCAGCUGACAGCAAUUUCAACACGGCAGCUGAGCCGAUGGUCGAGCCCGAGCACGAAAUGAUGCCCAAUCCGGAGGCCUACUCCUCGGAGCACAGCCCCGAGCACCAUGCGCAGUACGUGGUGGGGGCAAGCUACUCGGACAGCAUGCUGGACAUGAUCAACUCGGCACCGGUGCCGGAGCAUGGACCACGGCGAAAGCGUCGUGCUGUGAUGGAGACCGAUGGGGGCGAGGAGGAGUUUGAAAACGAGAUCGAUGUGGAUGAGGAUCGUCCGAAAGAUCAGACGACCAGCCAUCCGGGAGAGGCGGCGGAGAUGAGCUUUUCCGAGGGAAGCGAGACAACGGUUGGACCGAGCACGGGCACGACGACCGAAGCGCACCGGUACACGUGGGGCGACUUUAUCCGAAACACGGUCGAGCGCAAGGUGGCGAUGGGCAUUCACUUCCUCCAGCACGUCACGAGCGACUUUCAGCGAUAUCUGAACGGUGUGCAUGAUCGGUUCACAGUGCAGCAGCACCACAAUCAGACCGGCUCCGGGGACACGCGUCGGCAUUAGCGAGCAGCGACAGUAUUAUAGAACGACACACACACACACACGCACGCAGGUUCUGAACCUACGCGACCUAUGGGAUUGAGGAUAGAAUUCUCGACACAGACACACGGGGCCGCACACGCGGCGCCGAGAGCUCUCUUCUGAUCUUGUAGGUCGUCCGAACUGAACCGAUCGCACGAUGGCGAUCAAACUAAAGUACACAGACAAUAAGGCUUUCCUUGCAUCCAUUCUGGUGUGGUGUGUGUGUGUGUCGGUGUAUAUGGGUGGAAGCAAAUUUUAUUUAUUUUUCUCGCACACAUCCUAAGCGCACCCUGGGGCUGUAGCUGCGUGGCGAUGAUUUUAUCGCACGACAAAUGGCGUUGAUUAGUGUUCGUUUUGUUCUCGUCCAAUGGAGUUUUGUUUCGUGUAAUUGUUUUAGGGACAUCCGAAACACACACACACACACACACACACAUCUGGCAGCAAUGGAGCCACGGAAUUUUGUUUGUUGGUGUAUUUUACGCAUUUAUUUACAAAUCCUUUUACAGGGUUGGUUGUGUACCGAGUUAAAUAUAUCAAAAACAAACAGGUGAAACAUAAAUAAAAAAAACAAAGGUUAACAAACGACGCCUACUUGGGAGUACAUCUCCCGUGCAGCGAGAUCCUCCCUCCCGCGUUCUACAAAACGCAAACAUUUUUAUAUUAUUUUUACGUACUUAAA